AUGGCAAUAGAGACCCUUCAGUUCCAGGAUGGCCCUGGUUACGGAGACUCCUGUUUGGAGAAGCUGCUGGUGCCCUCAACUCUCAUCAAUACAGCAGCAACGCCUGAUUUGCUGGGCAGCCUGACAGGCCAGGCCGUGCUCGCCUGGCCUGUGGGGCUCGCGGCCUCUGUAAAUAGCAGCCAUGAGGCUCCCGGGCGCAGUGUCCUCGCGGGUCCCCGACGGUCAGGACGCCCCCUUCGCCUGACGUGUGCUGCAGGAGCCAGCGUCCCGCAAGCGCUCGUGAUGAAGAGGGAUCUGGCUCUGAUCGGCCUGGCCUUCCUGUGGCUGCUUCCGGCCGGACGUCCUCAGCAGACGGCCGAAGAGGCCUGCUCCCUGCACAUUCUCGUCCCAGGCCUCAAAGGGGACGCUGGAGAGAAGGGAGACAAAGGUGCGCCGGGACGGCCUGGGAGAGUCGGCCCCACAGGAGAGAAAGGAGACAUGGGUGACAAAGGACAGAAGGGCAGUGUGGGUCGCCAUGGAAAAAUUGGUCCCAUUGGUUCUAAAGGUAUUUGCGACGCAGAGAAAGGCCUCUGCUUUGACGGUCUCCUGUGA